AUGUGUCUAAUCAAGGAAGAAACGACCACCUACGCCGAUGGCUACUCAGAGAUGAAGAAGACUGUUUUUGCCUGCAGCCACUCUGUCGACGGCCGCACGUGCGAUAAUACCGAGACAGAAAAGAGCACAAGACACGUGCCUGGAAACUCUUCACAACUGGUGCUUCGUCGUCCCUCGUCCUCGAGACGUGAUCAGGUUGUGCUGCACCAAGACUCAACUCGCCAUCGGCCAGAGCCUCGACAAGAGCGUCGUUACGCUAAUGAAAUCGGCGUAAGGAUUCGCAAUUGGCGCCCUCAGUUCAGUAUCCACAGGUUGGAUGAUAGAGGAUUUAGACAUCGCAGGAGACGUAGCGAUGGCGAGAGCAGGACUUCAGGAGAAUUGAUGCCCGAGGCCCCUAUGCCGCCGCCGCCUCCGGUCGUACAUCAGUCGGACAGAAGAUCACCGCCUCCCUCUGCACUGCCGGCAAUCAUAACACCACCCAACAGGCCCACGCCUCCCUCAGGCUCAGGAGCAGCUGUUGUGGCGUACACCACCAGAGAUACCAUUCCAUCGUCUUCAGGCACACCGAGCAGGACGUCGUCAACCAGAAGCAAGCAAGCUCAUCAGGCAGCACAGGACUUGCUAUCCUUGACUGUUCCUGCCAGUGGUCCAUCUGUAACAAGCAGCAAACAUACUCGCCCCACACCUGGUCUGAGUCGCUUGCGCGUCGAGUCCCGCCCAAUGUUCCACGAUUCGACCUACGGUGGAUCGAGCAACAUAUCUCCCAUUGACGCACCGAAGAUAGAUACCUUUUCCGAGACUCACAGCAACCCUACAUCAGAACGUACCGCGAGCGAGAGAUAUAAUUACACCAACCAAACCGUAGUGAUCGGAAGAGAAGACCACGUUACUGAUGAUGAAGAUAAAAAGUCAAAUUCGUCAGAGGAUCAUAAGAGUUAUCGUUUAGUCAGGCGUGUCAGGAUUAAUGAUGAUCCGGAAAUGACGCAGCGCAAGAUGCAAGAAGACAUCAGGGCAGCGGAGGAAUACCAGAGUCAGACGAGCGAACAAGUCGAAGGAUCAGUCAAAUCCGGGUCAGGGUCGAGGCGAAGGCGACACCAUGGGCGUUAA